AUCAGUUAGGGUCUUAUAAAUCCACCAUCACAUUGGAAUAUAAUCUAUAACGCCCGCUCUACCAGCAUAUUCUACUCAUGAGAAGCGUGCAUGGAGAAAAAUACUACCAGCCUCAUUUGAUAAAUCGGAUACUCUAUGAGUGGUUGACUAUAUCAUUCCAAUACUCACUCUCUGCUGUGGAAUGUGGUGAACUUACUCGGAAGGAUAAUGAAUGUGAACUUGCAAGGGAAAACCGCAGUCGUUGUGGGCGUAGAGGGCGGCCUAGGUAAAGCGGUGGCCGUUCACUUUGCUUCACAUGGAUGUUCAGUGGCUGUUCUUGGGAAGAACCAGGAAAAGCUUGAUGAAAUUACCCGGGAAUGUAUCAGACAUGGACUUGAUUCUAAACAGGUCUUGGCAGUCGAGUGUUAUCUACAAGUAGAAUCUGAUGUUGAGAAUGCACUUUCUCAGAUUUCGGACAAAUUGGGACCAAUGCACAUACUGGUGAACUGUGCAGUUGAAAUAUCUUAUGGACGAUUAUCCGAGUUGGCGCCCUCUGCGGUCAUUGAUGCGAUGCAAGUCAAUACCAUGACCACUGCCAUGGCAACGAAAGCAGCAGUAUCAUACUUGGAGAAAACGGAGGGAGUGGUCAUCAAUAUUUCAUGCAGUUGUGCACAUCGCACGUCACCGAGUCUCGUAGCCUUUGGCAUGGCCAUGUCUUCAAUAAACUACUUUACACAGUCAACAGCUCUAGAACUUGCUCCGAAGGGAGUACGUAUCAAUGCUGUAAGUCCGUCAUUUAAUGUUUUUGAGAGUCUUUUGGAGCCUCCACCAACUGAGAUAUACGAAGAACCGCGGCAGGCACCACUCAAUCAACCUCCCCCUACCGUUGAUGACGUGCUGAAAACCAUCAGCUUUCUCGUAUCUGACGAGAGUCGAUUCAUAACAGGCGAGAUUAUCUGUGUGGAUAAUGGUCUUCAUACCGCCAAGGUGCCAAUUUAGAGAUGGUCAAUUCAAGGCUGAAUUUAAGUUCAAUGCUGAUAUCACGCUAAAUCAUAUUAAGAAGCAUUAACACCAU